AUGGCCACUUUAUUCGUACCAUCGCCACACGCGUUGAAUGCAAUGACUACCAGAAGAGCGCCCCUAGCAAACGUCCCCAAUGCUACAAACUCCCCUCACCGAGCCGUCUCCACGGCCACGGCCGCUACCAUGAAGCGUACUCGCCCAUCGGGUCUGCCAUGGGACUCUACCGCUGCUCCUCCACCGUUGAAGAAACAGUUGCUUGACACUUCUGAAAAUGUCGACGCGCGAUUCUCUCAGCGGUCUUUGAACCAACCACAGCCCCAGGCGGGAGAGUCGAAGAUAUUCACUCGACGGACUAAUAACCAACCCACGGCGUUUGAGAAGAAGCUGGCUGCAGCGAGGGAUAAGCCGAAACAGCAGCAGGGCGUGGUUAAAGUGAACAGGAACCUCAAAUACUGUCCGGAAUCGAUAGAGAGCGUUCGCCAAUGGCAGAAGCACUAUCGAAAAGUCUUCCCGUCCUAUGUCUUUUACUUUGAGAGCAUUCCUGAAGAUAUUAGGAAGAAGUAUGUCAGGCAGAUUAUAUCUCUCGGCGCUACUGAAGAAAAGUUCUUUUCUCGAGUAGUUACCCAUGUUGUUACCUCUCGGUCUAUUCCCCCCGAAGUCGAAACUGAAAGGCAUACUGAGACUACCCAGGUUGUUUCUGUCGAAAAUAAUGUAUCAGGCUCGGUCCAGACAGUGAACCCAUCGAUGUUGGAGAGGGGUGUGGAUGGCCAACUGGGCAAGACGCGAUCGAGGACAGGGCUUGGGAUGAUCGAACCGGACAAUAAAAGAGGCGUGGGCGGUGGCAGUGGGGAUCUCCUUUACCGCGCCCGUCAGAUGAACAUGAAGAUAUGGCCCCUGGACAAGCUUCAGCGUAUCAUCUUCACCAUGAAUGACAAGGAGCUAGCCCAUAUUCUCCAGCCCAUGCGCAAUGGCAGUGCAGCGGCGAAGAACAAGACCGAGGAUGAUCUCUCCCUGGCUCUUCAGCAUGAGAAACUCCACGCCCCUGCCGAGUCUGAUUCCUUAACGCUAAACAAAGGUCUUGUUCCUUUCAAGGGUCCUUACCUGUAUAUCUGGGACUACGAUCGGGAAACACGCCCUGUGGUUGUUCGAGAGUAUCCCAAGGUCAGCAGGAAACAAGACGGCGCAUGGCCACAGUUCCGCGGUGUAGAGAUAGGGAAAUGUCCCUUCGUCGAGACCCCGGGCAGCAGAAAAGCAGACAAGGAUAAGGACAAGCAAAAGCAACAACAGGCAAAAACUAAUAAUACCCAAACCACCUUAGUAACAAAAUCAAUGGCGCCUCCUGCCAGAGGGCCAAGCAAAUUAAUCAACCAACAACAACAACAACAACCUACUACUACCGCCACCAACCAAGACGAUACCGAGUCCGCACUUGAAGACUCCGCAGGCAGGCCGUUUGAGCCCAUGGAGACUGCUGCUGCCACUACCACUACCACCAAUAUAGGGCCAAGGCCAGUCUCUAAGGGCUCCAUCUCAGUUUCUUCAUUACCCUUCAAAUUUGGAGGUGAAAUUGCUGCUUCCGGAAUCCAGCCAUCAAAUAUCACAUCCGCCAUCCGCUCCCAGAUGAUAUCUUCAACAGCAGCCGCGCAGGGCGCGAAAGCUGGCACCAGCAAGGAAGUACACGAGCUCAAACGCAAGGUCCUAGAGAAAAGCAGCGGAAUUAUCUCUACCACGAUCUCCUCAUGUCACAGAGCUGAUGCAGCAGCCGUUCCCCAGUCUCAGCCUGUUAGGAUGCCAAUUGCCCGCGCAGCUAAACUUAAAGCUCAGGCGAAUGACGACGGCACCGUGCAGCUCACAGAACGGAACAGACGAGCCAGUGAAGCCGCUCCCAAGAAACAGAGUGGGCUACGAAAACAGCAGGCCAGCAACAAGAAGCGUGACUCUAAGCCAGGCUACUGUGAGAACUGCAGAGAGAAAUUUGAGGAUUACGAAGAUCACAUUGAUACUAGGAAACACCGCAAGUUUGCUUCGAAUGUCGUAAACUUCUUUGAAAUAGAUGCAUUCAUUGUUGGCCUGAAUAGUGAAGGCUUUCGUCGGUAUCAAUAG